UGAAGGCCUCCUGGUGAUCAUGGAUUACGAACUGCAUCCCACCUGUUGAUCACUGGUUUCACAAGUAAAAUCCAGGUUUAUGAGCAGAUUUCUUAAAUCAAGACAAACGAUGUGGGCCAGAGCUGUAAUACUUUUCAUUGGUGUGUUAUUCCAUUACCAGCAGGCCUUAGCAGUGGAUACCUACAUGGCUGAGUUCAUGAUAGAAAGCAAUGCUACGUUGUACGUCUCUGGUGCUCUAUCAGCAAUCAAGCAAAUAGCAACACCUAAUACAACAAUGACUAUUGAACUGCUUGAACUAACAGCAGAAUGUCAAAUUGUCGGGAAUGCUUCUACGUGUAACUGUUCAUCAGCGUACAUCUGGAGUAACGACGUGUGUGGCAAUUUCCAGUGUUGCAAUUACUCAUAUUGUAACGCAAAUAUUUCUGACUACCCAGCCCUCUGCAUACCCAAAGUGAAAGUUCGCUUUAAUGGAACAGUCCGAGUGAGAAUAACAAUUAAUCAAACUGAUACUAUCAAAAAACAGCUUACAGAUGGUUUUAAACAAUUACAUGGGUUUGAGUGCCUCAAUGUGUCUGGACCAAGGGAUGAUGGACAAAUUGUUGAUUUCAAAGUGGAUCUCAGUGUCAUAUUUCUGACUGAUACACUUGCAAAAAUAAUAGCUGACCUGGAACCUACUGUUGGCAAAAUAGCUGUUGAAACAUCAGGACUCGUGAGCAUUCAGUAUCCAAUGGACACAGUGAAAUUCUCCUCAACACCGACGCUAAACUGCAGAUUUGAAGAGAAAACAAACGGCUCUUGGAACUGGAACCUGUUAAAAGGAAAUAAGACAUUUGAUCUGAACACUGGAAGCAGCAUAACAGUCUCAUUACCCAAUGAAACGCCACACAAUUGUACCACAGUCCAAAUUAUAAAGUUGUCAGGGAACUGGGCAGGGAUUUAUAAGUGUGGAUUUUCCAAAGGGUCCAUUGUGCACGCAGCCACUGCAGAGUUGAAGGUAGCCCUGCUACCAGAUAAGAUCACCAUGACGAUUGACCCACUGACUGUAGAAUGCCAAGAUGCAGUGCCUCCUGUGACAGUCACCGCAACCAUCGAUAACAGCACAGAGCAAUACACGGUCACUUGGUCAUACCAAAAUAAUCUCCAAACUCCAAAUCUCCAAACUAAACCAGUACCACCAGCGGGGAUAGCCUACACCACAGUGAUAUCUAUAAAUUGCAGUCCAUCAAGCUCACCCCAUGUUGUCAUCGUCAGCUUUACAAAUCAGAUGGAUGAGAUCAAGAAAGCAAGCAUAACUAUCCCAGUGAUAUAUGCUCAUGACAGGAACCAGGCUUGUCCUGAAGACAGUAACGUUUGGCCAAAAACCCCAAAAGGUGUAACUGUCACCAUCCGAAAAUGUGAGGUGAAUAGAGUUGGGUACAAAGAGCGGACAUGCAAGGGGCCUGAGUGGAUGGAGGUGCUGGAUAACUGUGUCAAUGAGGAGCUCAACAAAGUUGUCAAUGCAGCAGCAAAUUUUAAAGAGGGACUUGGAGCUACUCUUCAGGUUGCUAUUCAAAUCUUUUCUGAUUUGAAGAAGAGCAUGGUUGCUGACUCAGUUGCUGAUCUGAGUGCAUCCAUCAAUGUGCUGGAUACCAUGUCGAGUGCAUCAGAAACCAUCACCCUGGAUAACUCCAUUUUAGAUACAUUUCUUGAUGCAGCGAGCAACAUGUUGAAUAACACUUGGAAGGCAGUCAACAAAACCCUUGAAUACGACAUGUCCUCAAAAUACCUCACGUCUAUCGAAGGUCUAGUGAAUAACAUCAAAAUGAAUACCAGUGAGGGAAAUGACACCCCAAAUAUACAACUCAAACUCUGCAAUGUUCAAAACGGCACAUCUUGCAAUGACAUUGUGUUUGGUGUAGAGGUCAAAUUGGCCCUGUCCUCGGGAAUAGUGAAAACUGUGGGAGUAAAAAACCUGGCUGACAAAUUAAACAAUUCUAAAUUCUCAGACUAUAAAUUCCCUAGCAUUGUGGUGUCAGCCACACUGCAAAACAGCAAUGACUCCAAAAUAGACAUCAAAUUGGACUUUCCCAUCAACCAGUCGAUGACUCAAGACUCCAACAUCCUCUGUGUGUUCUGGAACACCACAUUGAACGAAUGGUCUGAAGAAGGCUGCAAGUGGAAGAAAGGGGUCAACAAUAGAAGCUAUUGCGAGUGUACCCACCUGACCUCCUUUUCAGUGCUGAUGUCAAAGAUCCCAGUGACCCUGCUCUUUCUGGAUGAGAUCACCUACGUGGGCCUCGGCGUGUCCAUCUGCUCCCUCAUCAUCUUCCUCAUCAUCGAGGCGCUGGUGUGGUCGGCCGUCGUCAAGUCCAACCUCUCGCACUUCCGCCACACGGCCCUGGUCAACAUCUCUCUGUGCCUGUUACUGGCCGACUGCAGUUUCCUGGCCGCCUGCCUCUCCAGCAUCAAAACCUCUACCUGGUGCCUCGUCCUGACCGUGACCAAGCAGUACUUCUUCCUGGCUAUGUUCUGCUGGAUGCUAUGCCUCAGCAUCAUGCUACUACACCAGCUCAUCUUCAUCUUCCACCCGCUGAGGAAGAGGGUAUAUCUGCUCCUGUCCACCAUCCUUGGCUACAUCUGUCCCACAGUGAUAGUGUCAGCUACUUAUGUGUACUACAAAUACACAGGGAAACCCUACCACAACACGGAAACCUGCUGGCUCACUUACGAGGGACUUCUGAAGGGGUCCAUUCACGCAUUUCUUCUGCCCGUCGGGACGAUUAUUUUGAUGAAUCUCUUCUCCAUGGGUGUUGUCAUUAUGACACUCCUAAAGUCCACUGUCUCUGAUGGGAGUAAAGCCGAUGAGAAAGAGGCAGCCAAAAGCAUCAUGAAAGUGAUGGUCUUUUUAACGCCAGUCUUUGGAGUAACAUGGGUUUUGGGAUUCUUUGUUCUGCUCAUUGAUAUCAACGCACCAAUGGGUGUUCUGAUGAAAUAUGCUUUCACCAUCAUAAACUCCUUUCAGGGCCUUUUCAUUUUGCUGACUGGAUGUUUUGCAGAGAAAAGGGUGAAAGAUGAGGUGUUGAAACUUUUCUUGGCUGGGGCACGUACUACCAAAGGGACAAGUGAGAGUAUAAAAGACCUGACAAAGUCCACUUCAAAUAAUUGAUGAACAUCAAGAAAACGAGCUAUAUUCUGGAUCAAGCUAUAUACUGGAUCAGGACCAACCUAUAUGUCUGCCACUACUCUCACCCAGACAGAAACAUCCACCUGGUUGUUUCCUCAAAGACAGGGAUGGCUGUGGUUUAGGUGGUGUUUAGACAGGUCUUAUCAUGAUUUCAUUAUAUUAUGUCAAUUACCUAUCAAGUUUCAUAUUAAUAUCUGAACUCCUAGACAUGAAUCAAUUGCUAAACACAUCUUUGUGAUUUCCUGUACACGUAUUUUCUACAAACAGUACAGUAGCAUACUAUGAUGUCAUAAUAUUACUGUUGUGUUGGUCAAUGGCAUUUGGUUAAUAAUACUAAUGAUUCAAUUGAUUGAGUUUUCCUGUACUUGCAUUAUUUAUAACUGUAGAUGAACUAUGGCAAUCAAAGUUAUUGUAAUAAAGGAAGGCCAGGAUUCCAGGCAUGUUGUAGACAAACACAUUGCAUACUGACAAAGUGCCUUUUAAAGGCUAUUUCCCCAACAUUUGCAAAGAUCGCAUUCACGGUAAACACUGCAGAUAUUGGCUCAAGCUGAGAUUACCUUGAAAAUGCCCUUCAAGUGCUUUGCACUUGUAGACAACGUGCCUUUGAUUGUAGACAACGUGCCUAAUUGUCUUUUUUAAUCUAAACCCGCUGCCACCAAUUCAUUGUUUGGAAUAUAGGUGUAUCAUUUGUGGCUGUAGAGCAAAUGCAUUUAUGUAAUAGAAUGAGAAACCUAGGGCUGGAUUCAAUCCAUUUCGACAAAGUAUCGUGGAAGAUCCACAUAAAAAUGUUAAGAUCUUCAGUGCUACGGAAUGAAUAGAGCCCCUAGAUUAACUAGCUUUAUUAGGGAAAGGUAGUAUCUCCAUUAGUCUAUGGUCUCGAUUCAAUCCAGAGUGUGAUUGACAUUUAAAGGCAAUGUUCCCACAUUUCUCAGAGACUGCAGUCACAGUAAUGUCAGUCCAAUCGG